UACUUUCUCUCCCCCACGUACAUACCACAUACCACAUCACACAGACCAAAAAUGGCUUCUACCAACUACAAGGAGGCCUUCUCCCUGUUCGAUAAGCGCGGCAAUGGCCGUGUCGCCAUCGACAGCUUGGGCGACCUUCUCCGCGCCUGCGGCCAGAACCCUACCCUGACCGAGAUCCGCGACCUCGAGAAGAACGUCGGCGGCGACUUCGACUUCGAGACCUUCCAGCGCAUCCUCAACCGCCCCGGCGGCUUCCGCGACCCAGGUGAACCCGAGGAGUACUGCCGCGGUUUCCAGGUCUUUGACAAGGACAUGACGGGCUUCAUCGGCGUCGGUCAGCUCAAGUACAUCCUGACCAACCUCGGCGAGAAGAUGUCCGACGACGAGGUCGAUGAGCUGCUCAAGGCUGUCGACACCAGCUCUGGCCAGGUCAACUACACCGAGCUUGUCCGAACCAUUCUCGCCAACUAGAUUCAUCCAGCGAGCGAGCGUUGUACGAACAGAUCAGAGGAACGAGCCGGAGGCAGUUUACGAACAGAGAAGAAAGAGACACUUGCAUGGCUGGCACGAUGGGAAAUGGCGUUUGCUUUUGCGUUGCGAUUGCGUUGUUCGCUAUUGUAGGGAAUUUGGGUAUUCUGGAGUUCACACCCGCCUCCUCAAAGGCGUUGCUCCGGACCACAUGACACAUGUACGGGACUGAAUAGAACCGAUACCAAAAGAAAUAAAUACCAUGAUACAUCAUCCAGCUUGCAAAGCCGCCAUA